ACCUCUUUAGGCAGAAAAGUGUACAGCGCAGCGGCGAAGACGUCAAGUUGAUCUCCGAACAUCUCGGAUCACUUCUUUGUAGCUGUCACAUUUGCAAUUGUGGUUCAUAACCAAACAACUUUUCAAAAUGGAUGCUUUCGGCGCUAUCAGUCAUGGAGUACUUCGACAGAUCGCAGACACUCCUCCGGAAAAUCUUGACAGCAUUGGAACACCUAUCUUGCAGUGCUGCUCGAUCAAGGCCAUCAAUGGCGCGCCUGGCGCACCCCAGAGAUUUCGCGUCGUCUUCAACGAUACCAACAACUUCAUUCAGGGAAUGAUUGCGACACAAGCGAACGAGAUUGUCACUAGCGGUCAGCUCAAGAGAGGCUCGAUCUGUCGGCUCAACAAGUUCCAGGCCAGUUUCAUCAAGGAGAAGCACAUUCUUGUCAUCAUCGACAUCGAUGUUUUGCAGGAAUAUGGCGAGCACGAAAAAUUGGGGAUGCCGGUCGCCUUGGACGCGGCAAAGGCAGAGGGUGAAGAAGAGCAAGAUGUAAAGCCACAGCCUGGAAACAUCACCGGGGGCAACUUCUACGGCAACGGCAGCGGCACCAAACAACAACCGCAGAGCACGAAUCAAUCGACCAAUCAGCGUGCGCUACCAUCAAGAAGCAACGGACCUUCCAAUGGAGGUUCGCAUGGUAACAUUCACCCAAUCGAUUCACUUUCACCAUAUUCCCACAAAUGGACGAUCAAGGCGCGAUGCACACACAAGGGGGAGAUCAAAACAUGGCACAACAAGAACGGCGAGGGAAAAUUGUUCAGCGUAAACUUCUUGGACGAGACUGGCGAGAUCCGGGCAACUGGGUUCAACGAUGCCGUCGACACGUGGUACGACGUUCUCCAAGAGGGCAGUGUCUACUAUGUGUCCACGCCAAUGAAAGUACAAUUUGCGAAGAAGCAGUUCUCAAACGUAAAUCACGACUAUGAGCUCACAUUCGAGAAGGACACACUGGUCGAGAAGGCUGAAGAUAUGGGCGGAGUUCCGCAAGUGCGAUACAGUUUCACUACCAUCGCUGACCUUCAGACCGUUGAGAAGGAUUCCACCAUUGACUGUAUUGGUGUUUUGUCCGAAGUUGGCGAGACUUCGGAAAUCGUUUCGAAAACGACGCAAAAACCAUACAGCAAGCGUGAGCUCACGCUGGUGGACAACACCGGUUUCAAUGUUCGCCUGACCAUCUGGGGCAAGACCGCCGAAUCCUUUGAUGCUCGUCCCGAGUCUGUUGUUGCCUUCAAGGGAGUCAAGGUUUCCGAUUUUGGUGGACGAUCAUUGUCACUGCUUUCGAGUGGAAGCAUGAGCAUCGAACCAGAUAUCGAGGAAGCGUACAAGUUGAAAGGCUGGUACGAUGGAUCUGGCCGGAACGAACAAUUCGCAUCCCAUGCCAACUCGAUGCCCACAGUUGGUGCUGCUACAGGCGGUGGACGUGACGCAAUUCACACCAUUGCGAAAGUUCUGGAAGAUAACAUCGGCAUGGGUGACACGACCGAGUACUACAACAUCAAAGCAUCAAUUCUCUACAUCAAGAGCGAGUCCUUCGCCUACCCGGCGUGUCAAACUCAACAACCCAAGCCCUGCAACAAGAAAGUGAUUGAAGUCGAGGAAGGAAAUUGGCGUUGCGAAGCCUGCGAUCGCUCGUGGCCGCGACCGGAUUACCGCUACAUCAUGAGCAUCAGUGUCUGCGACCACACCAGUCAGAUUUGGCUGAGCGGCUUCAACGAGACCGCGUUGCAGAUCAUGGGGAUGUCCGCCAACGAUCUGAUGGCCAUGAAGGAGGAGGGGGAUGAGAAGGGUGUCACCGAGGCUUUCCAAAACGCGACCUGCCAAUCUUUCAUCUUCAAGUGCCGAGCCAAGAUGGACACAUACGGUGACCAACAGAGAGUUCGUCAUCAGAUCCAGUACGCCAACCCGAUCGACUUCCCGCGCGAGUCGAAGAAGCUGGCAGAUCUCAUCAAGCUUUACGGAGACAGCGACAGUCUCUUUGUCUGUUGAUUGUGGAAAGUGUCGCGACUGAUUUGCGGGGGGUUGAAUUCUAUCGCGCUGCUCUUGUCGAUUAUACCAGUUACCACAAGCUCGGGAAGCGAGCGGCCUUUGCCAGACGCUAUGAAUUAUGCCGAGAGACGUUGAAAACAUCGAGAAAUUGUUUUCUUGUAGUGAUCCUUCUACCAUUCGAGGAUAAAUUUUCAAUUGUGUUUUUGUUUUGACACACUGGUCAUGUUGCGACUGUUGAGUCUUUUGUGAUGUGAAGAAAACCCUCACACAUCUAGUCUCGGGGAGAUGUUCCGCCGCAUAAAGCAAAUAAAGGAAUCGUAGUGUCCAAAGUCCGGACGAUUGACGACGACAUGAUAAAAAAUAAGGGGGGGGGGAAUCUGAUUGUGAUAGCAACGCUCCAAAAGGCAACUCCCCCAAAAGGGACAAACCCAGAAAUCUUCCAAAUUGGAAAAAAACAAAACAGCAGAAGGAAACCUCCCACCCUCCUCCUCCUC